CAGAAAGUCCCAUUUCUCUUUGAAAAUUAGCAUAGCAUUGUCAAUAAAUGCGUCUGUCAGGCACAUUCUACUCAUUGACUCGUCAGUAUUACCAUGCCCGAGCCAGCAAAAUCCGCGCCUAAAAAGGGCUCAAAGAAAGCCGUCACCAAAACUGCUGGCAAAGGAGGAAAGAAGCGCAAGAGAUCCAGGAAAGAGAGCUAUGCUAUCUACGUCUACAAAGUGCUGAAGCAGGUUCAUCCUGAUACUGGUAUCUCUUCUAAGGCGAUGGGAAUCAUGAAUUCUUUUGUCAACGACAUCUUCGAACGCAUCGCGGGUGAAUCGUCUCGUCUCGCUCACUACAACAAGCGCUCCACCAUCACAUCUAGAGAGAUCCAGACCGCUGUGCGUCUGCUUCUGCCCGGUGAGCUGGCCAAACACGCCGUGUCUGAGGGCACAAAGGCCGUGACCAAAUACACCAGCUCUAAGUAAAACUUCGCUCAAGCGCUGCGUGACCCAAAGGCUCUUUUAAGAGCCAC